AUGUAAAGGAAAUAGUAAUAUGAAAGUGAUUUCAAUAAUUUCUAAGAAGCCAGCAAAAUUUCACUCGAUUAAAUGUCUAAACAACAAGACCUUAACAAAGAGACAUGUCUUAAAAAUGCUAAGACUUUUGAAUUAUUUGCUACAUGUAUUAAUUUUGUAGAUUUAUGUAGGUAUGGAAAGACAUGAAGGCAAAAUAGAUAAUAUUGCUAAAUAUCUCUCAAUGAAGAUGCUCUUUAUUGAAAAAUAAGCAUUAGAAUGCUAUAAAGGAAAUACAAAUGAUAGAGAAUAUGAAAGAUGUCAUCAAAGAGUUGAAUAGCAGCUACAUGAUGUCUAUAGUUAAUACUAUUAAGGUUUACUUAACCUUUGA